GCUUUAAAUGACAGGUAUCCGAAAGUGCAGGCUAAAAUGCAAGAAGAAGUGGAUAGGAUUGUCGGAAGAGACCGUCUGCCAUGUGUUGAAGAUCAGCCUCACUUGCCCUACAUCAUGGCUUUCUUGUACGAAUCCAUGCGUUUCAGCAGUUUUGUGCCUGUUACUAUCCCACAUGCCACCACAACCAACACCUUCAUAAUGGGCUACCUCAUUCCCAAGGACACUGUCAUUUUUGUAAAUCAGUGGUCAGUGAAUCAUGAUCCAGCAAAAUGGUCCAACCCUGAGGAUUUUGAUCCAACAAGAUUCCUGGAUGAGAAUGGAUUCAUCAAUAAAGAUCUUACUAGUAGUGUGAUGAUUUUCUCGUUAGGAAAACGUCGGUGUAUUGGAGAGGAGUUAUCCAAGGUGCAGCUCUUUCUCUUUACCUCUAUACUGGUGCAUCAGUGCAAUUUUACUGCUAAUCCAAAUGAGGACCCUAAAAUGGACUUUACCUAUGGGCUGACCAUUAAACCUAAGCCAUUUACCUUGAAUGUUACACUAAGAGAUACUAUGGAUUUGCUUGAUCAGGCUGUCCAAAGACUGCAAGCAGAGAAAGUAGCCAAUGAAAAUCAGCUGUCAGCAAAUGCCUAAACAAUAAACCUUGCAUCUGCAGAUAAUCUCUCUUUCUCUUUUUAGACUUAUAUGACUUACAGUUUGUUCUGGUGAUCUUUUUGGAACAUAGCCAAUAUUAGAAGUUGUAAGAGCAGGAAGGAAAGCUGCACAACGUAUAAUUCAGUCCUCUUUUUAGUUCUAGAAGGAGAGCCAGGGGAACAAUUUAAUAUAUUAAAUAAUAAAACAUAUGCAAUUUGAAAGUAAACCUUUUCUCUUCUAGCUUGUUCACAGAAGUUGCCAUUGUAAAGUGCUUUUUAUCUACUGACUGGUUGGAGCACCUCCAGGAACUCUCUCUACAAUCCUUGCUAUGUCUCCAUGUGCUAUGCCUUAACUCUAGGUUUGCCUUCAGUGACUCCCAUCCCAAAGUGAAAUUUCUUAUUAAAAAAAGGGUUGUUUAGAACACUGCAGCCUGCCUCUGAAUUCCCUCUACUGGAAACUGCCAUGCUCCUGUGUUGUGACUGCUGGGAUGUCCAUUAAUGCCUCAAUAAUAAGUGUUCAAGUGAUUUUCGGUAAAAUGACAAUGUAAAGUCUAGCCUUCAGCAUUCCAAAGUGUUUACUUAAAUGACUAAAAAAAUAAAAGCCUUCCUUAUAAGCA